AAAGGCAAAGAAUACCACUUCUCUCCCUCUCUCUCUCUCUCUCUCUCUCUGAAUUCCCGUGAAUUCAAUCUAGUAUUUUUCUCUGAAUUAUCUAUCAUACCACACCACAACAACUCUGUAAUGGCGUUUCACUGAAAUCAAGCGAUGUUGUCUCUUUCUUCACAAUUUUCUGGCAUUACUACUUGUUUGCUGCUCUGUUUCUUGAACAAUCUAGUGAUUGUUACUACUGCAACUACUGAAUUCGAUUUUGGAACCUUGACUUUGAGUAGUCUGAAGCUUGUUGGAGAUGCCCAUUUGAACAAUGGGAGUGUCCGCCUCACUCGUGACCUCGCCGUCCCCAAUUCCGGCGCCGGAAGGGUCCUGUACUCCAAACCCAUCAGAUUCCUGGAGACUGGAACACGCUCUCCGACAAGUUUCUCCACUUUCUUCUCCUUCUCCGUCAACAAUUUGAACCCGUCCUCCAUCGGUGGUGGACUUGCCUUUGUAAUCUCGCCGGACGACGAGACAAUCGGAGCUGCUGGAGGAUUCCUGGGUCUUCUCGGUGACAAUGGGGUCGGGUCGGGAUUUGUGGCUGUUGAGUUUGACACUGUCAUGGACGUUGAGUUCAAAGACAUUAACAGCAACCAUGUGGGUUUGGAUCUUAACAGUAUGGUCUCUCCGCAGGUAGGCGAUUUGGGUUCUCUAGAUAUCGAUCUCAAAAGCGGCGAUCUUGUCAACGCCUGGAUCGAGUACGAUGGGUCAAGUCGCGUUUUCAGUAUCUCGGUUUCCUACUCCAAUCUGAAACCCAAAGUCCCAAUUCUUUCGUUUCCUCUUGAUCUUGAUCAGUAUGUUAACGACUUUAUGUAUGUUGGGUUUUCCGGUUCCACACAGGGGAGUACAGAGAUUCAUAGCAUUGAAUGGUGGAGCUUCAGCUCUUCUUUUGAGUCAUCAAAUUCGGGCUCUGGUUCGGGUCCGGGUUCAGUUCCGCCGCCCCCAACGACUAGUUUUAUGAACCCAACGGCUAAUUCGGUCAAGUCACCACCGCCUUCAUUGGCUCCUACUGGGUCUGAUUCGAGCACUAGUACUCAACAGAAGAGCAGCAAGUCGUCUUCUUGUCAUAACCAGCUCUGCAAACAAGGUCCAGGGGCUGUUGCAGGAGUUGUGACUGCUAGUGCUUUCGGUUUAGCCAUUUUUGCAGGCGUUCUCGUCUGGGUAUUCUCCAAAAGAUUCAAACAAGAAAAGAAAUCAGAGUCAUUUGCGUCGGAGAUUAUCAGAACGCCAAAGGAAUUUAGUUAUAAGGAGCUAAAAUCGGCUACUAAAUGCUUCAAUGCAAACAGAGCUAUUGGCCAUGGUGCAUUUGGCACAGUCUAUAAGGGAGUACUACCAGAGACUGGUGACAUUGUUGCCGUGAAGAGAUGUAGUCAUAACAGUCAAGGAAAGAAUGAAUUCUUAUCCGAAUUGUCGAUAAUUGGAACUCUUCGGCAUAGAAAUUUAGUUACGCUUCAAGGAUGGUGCCAUGAAAAGGGAGAAAUUCUGUUAGUCUACGAUUUAAUGCCUAAUGGGAGCCUCGAUAAAGCCCUGUUUGAAGCAAGAACACCAUUGCCAUGGCCGCAUAGACUAAAAAUUCUACUAGGUGUCGCAUCCGCAUUGACAUACUUGCAUCAAGAAUGUGAAAACCAGGUCAUUCAUAGAGACAUUAAGACAAGCAAUAUAAUGCUGGAUGAAGGGUUCAAUGCCCGAUUAGGCGAUUUUGGUUUAGCAAGGCAGACUGAGCACGAUAAGUCACCGGACGCGACAGUAGCUGCCGGAACAAUGGGGUACUUGGCACCUGAAUAUCUCUUAACAGGAAGAGCAACUGAGAAAACUGAUGUGUUCAGCUAUGGGGCUGUGGCUCUUGAGGCUGCUAGUGGAAGAAGACCCAUUGAAAAGGAGGCUGCUCGUGAGGCUGGGAAAGUAGGAGUUAACAGCAAUCUAGUGGAUUGGGUGUGGAGUUUAUACAGAGACGGAAGGCCAUUAAUGGCAGCAGAUGCAAGACUUGGUGGAGAGUUUGAUGAGGAAGAGAUGAGGAAAGUGUUGUUGGUUGGGCUAGCUUGCUCUCACCCUGACCCAUUGGCUAGACCCACAAUGAGAGGUGUGGUUCAGAUGCUGGUGGGUGAGGCUGAAGUCCCAAUUGUUCCAAGAACCAAGCCUUCAAUGAGCUUUAGCACUUCACAUCUCUUGUUGAGCUUGCAAGACAGUGUGUCUGACCUUAAUGGCAUGAUCACUAUUUCCACUUCCUCAUCUGAGAAUAGCUACAAUGGUAUUGAAAUAGUGUGACCCAGAUGGACGGUUGAGAUGAUACUCCACACAUUUUUUCCCUUAUUUAUUGACCAUAUAUAUAUAAUUAUAUACUGAUUUGUUUAUUCAUGUUAUGCAAUAAUGUAAUCUAAGUAACCAUGGUUUAUAGGAACCUCUGGGGUUGCAUUUUUGUUUUGCAUUAGGGGUGGGUCAUUUCUCAGUGCUUUGGUUGGAGGGUUUUUGUGGUUGCUUUCACAAGUAAUCUUGUUGUCAAAAAAGGAAGAUACAAAGCAUUGGAGUAGAGGAAAGGUAAAGGCAUAGGGAUAAGUCCAAAAGAGUGUGUAUAACUAUAUAUAUAUAUGUUCAUCAUUGACUUAUUGUAUGGUGAUGGUGGCUCUGAUUAAAGUAAAUGGAGGAAUUAAUUUUUGUACUA